AUGGCGUCAACGGAGACGCCAACGUCGCGACAAAGCAGCGAUCGCAGCAACGCCGCAGCGACUGCGCAAACGGACAGCGAAACCUAUGCAACGGAGCAGGCGCAAGCGGCGCAGCGACAGCGCAGCGGCGGCGGCGGUGGUGGCGGCGGUUCGCCAGCAUCGCAACAGGAUAAAUCAAAGACCGUUAGCCCGCCCUCCUCGCCCGGCUCCCGUUCGACGCCGCAGCAUCAGCUGCCGCAACAGUUCUGCCUGCGCUGGAACAACUACCAAUCAAAUCUGACAACGAUAUUCGAUCAGCUGCUGCAAAACGAAUCCUUUGUCGAUGUGACGCUCGCCUGCGACGGCCGCUCGAUCAAGGCACACAAAAUGGUCCUAUCCGCCUGCUCGCCCUACUUCCAGACCCUGCUCGCCGAGACCCCCUGCCAGCAUCCGAUCGUCAUCAUGCGCGACGUCAGCUGGUGCGAUCUGAAGGCCAUUGUCGAGUUCAUGUAUCGCGGCGAAAUCAAUGUUAGCCAGGAUCAGAUUGGCCCGCUGCUGCGCAUCGCCGAGCUGCUCAAGGUACGCGGAUUGGCCGACGUCACCCAAAUGGAGGAGAUCAAUACGGCAGCAGCAGCAGCGGCAGCGGCGGCGGCAGCGGCAGCAACUGCCUCCUCGACACCGACUGCACAACAUUCGCCCAAGAAUUCGCCGGCAGAGCGCGAGGGCAGCGAAGAGCAGCUGCUCUCUUUCAUGCAGCCCGAGAAGAAGCUGCGCAGCGGCGACUGGGACUGCGGCGAGCUGCGCUUGUCGCCGCUGGAACGCCAGCAGAGCCGCAAUGUGCGCAAGCGUCGCUGGCCCUCGGCCGACGCCAUAUUCCAGGCGCCCGCCAGCCCGCUGAGCAGCCUGAUCGCCGCCGAGCGUUUGGAGCAGGAGCAAAAGGAGCGUGAGAGACAGCGAGAUUGCGGCAUUUUGACGCCGCCGCCAAAGCAAAUGGCGCUGCCGCUAGGCUCAUCGGGCAGCGGCAGCGUUACGCCGCGUCGUCUGACGCCCGCUGCAGCAGCGCUGGAAACGGCGCUGCACGGCCUGGACAUGCCAUCACCCGCAACAACGCCAGCGCCAGCUGGAGCGGCAUCGCUGCCCAGCCCGCAGCAGCAGCAGCAGCAGCACCAACAGCAGCAGCAGCAGCAGCAUCUGCAUCACCUGCAACAGCAUCAGACGCAUCACGGGCUGGGCCAUGCGCCCGGCACUUCCACUUCCGGCGCUUCCGUUCAUCCCGCUGCCGCUGAGUCGCGCUUUCCGCUCGGCUCUGCCGCCGCCAUGGCCGCUGCCGCCAUGGAGCUGAGCGUCGCAGCCGCAGCUGAGCCGCGUCUGCCGCCGCCGCUGCCGCACCAUCAUCAUAGCGGACCCCCCACCGGCGGCAGUGCAGCAUCGCUGGCCGACGAUAUGGAGAUCAAGCCGGGCAUUGCGGAAAUGAUACGCGAGGAGGAGCGGGCAAAAAUGAUGGAGAACUCGCACGCUUGGAUGGGCGCCACCGGCUCCACGCUAGCAGACAGCUAUCAAUAUCAGCUGCAGUCGAUGUGGCAAAAAUGCUGGAACACCAAUCAGAAUCUGAUGCAUCAUAUGCGCUUUCGGGAGCGCGGCCCGCUUAAGUCGUGGCGGCCCGAGACGAUGGCCGAGGCCAUAUUCAGCGUGCUGAAGGAGGGCCUGUCGCUGUCGCAGGCGGCGCGCAAAUAUGAUAUACCCUAUCCGACGUUUGUGCUGUAUGCGAAUCGGGUGCACAAUAUGCUGGGACCGUCGAUCGAUGGCGGGCCCGAUUUGCGGCCAAAGGGGCGCGGGCGGCCGCAGCGCAUACUGUUGGGCAUCUGGCCGGAUGAGCAUAUUAAGGGCGUCAUCAAGACGGUCGUGUUUCGCGAUACCAAGGACUUAAAGGACGACAGUUUGGGCGCGCAUCUGCCACCGUACGGCCGCCAUUCGGACAUGACGUUAAGCUAUCCAGGCGCUAGUGGCGGCAUGCCGGUCGGCGGCGCCGCCAGCCUCAGCGCUCUGGCCUGCCCGAAUGGCAUGGGCAGCGGCGGUGGAGGAGGCGCUGCCGUUGGGGCUGGCGGCGGUGGUGGGGAUCAGCAAAUGUCCCAGGAGCAAAUGUCGGCGGUGGCCGCCGUUGCGCACAAUAUACGUCAGCAGAUGCAAAUGGCCGCCGCAGCGCAGCAUCAGCACGGGGAGGCGGGGCCGCCGCCGCCGCCGGGGGCUCUGUUCAAUUUGCCGCCGCAUCUGGCGGGUGGCGGCGGGCCGGGCAGGGCCAGCAUAUCGCCGGCACUGAGCAGCGGCUCAAAUCCCUCAAUGGGACCGCGGCAUGCACCCUCGCCCUGCGGUCCCGCCGGCCUCAUGCCGAAUCUGCCGCCCAGCAUGGCCGUUGCACUGCACCGUGAUCCGGCCGCCGCCGCGCUGCUCAGCCAGCAGCAGCAGCAUCACCUCCAGCAGCUUCAGCUGCAUCAGCAACAGCAGCAACAACACCAACAACAACAGCAGCAGCACGCUUUACACCAGCAACAGGCGCAGGCACCACACAAAUCCGGUUUCGGUGCCAGUUCCAUGCCCACAGCCAGCGCUGGCUCCUCCGUUGCCCAGCAGCAGCAGCAGCAGCAGCUGGACAAGUCCAAGUCGAAGGGUAGUCCGCUGCGCAGCGAGACGCCGCGCCUACACUCGCCGCUCGCCGAGCUGGGCCUGGAGCUGGGCUACAAGCGCGAGUUCUCGCCCACUCGCCUCUUUGCCGAGGAUCUGGCUGAGCUGGUGGGCGUGGCGCCCGCCACAACAAGCAGCGCAGCGACGCCGUCAACAGGCCAACCCACAGCCGGAGCAAGUGGAGCGACCACCACGGACAUCUGCUCCGGCAGCAACAGCAGCGGCGGCGGCAUCAAGGUGGAGCCCAUUACGACCAGCAGCGAGUAAAGGGCCUCUCAACUCAAACUAAACAAUCAAAACGCGCGCCAGAAAAAGUGCUGCCCAUUUCUGGUGCGACAGCUUUGCAGCAAGCGCAAGCAGCAUUAAAGUGUUACCCAUUUCUUUCAAGCAAUUGAGAUUUGAGAAUUGAAUUUUUCAAAUGUUUGAUUUAACUUUUUACUAAAUAGUAUUUAAAAGGAAAUGCAUAUAUAUUUAUUGAUGUGCAUUUCGAACGCGCGUUCCUCGUUUUUUGUCGGUCCACAUGAAUUUGAUUGCAUAGUUUCUAAUUUCAACUGAACUACGUAUUAAAAACUAAAUCAAAAGUAUUAUUAUGUUACAUAGCGCCUAAACUUAAACAAUUAAAUAGCGAUCUCUUUAAUUUAUAAUAGAACACGCAAAACUCUAAAAUACCCCGGAACAUUCCACAGCAAACACAGCACGAAACCGUUUUUCAAAACCUAAAACUA